CAACAUCCAUACUCAAACUCGGAGCGAUGGCACCAAAAUCUGAUCUUUCUCUUUUCACAGUCACUCUGCUCCUCCUCCUCCUCGCCCUCUUUUCUUUCCUCUCUAAUGCAAGGGCAAACUCAUCUCCGUUUGAGUUCCUUGAGCAUCUUAAGGGUUGUCACAAAGGUGACAAGGUCAAGGGCAUCAAUGACCUCAAGAAGUACCUUCAAAAGUUCGGUUACUUAAACUACGAGAACCACAGACAUUUCAACGAUGAUGAUUUUGACGAGCUCUUGGAGGAAGCCGUCAAGACUUACCAGCUCAAUUUCCACCUCAAGUCCACGGGAACAUUGGACGACAAAACCGUAUCAACGAUGAUGAUGCCUCGUUGUGGUGUGCCCGAUAUCAUCAAUGGCACCACGUCCAUGAGAUCAGCCCAGAUAAAGCGCCAGCACCGUGCAAUUCAUACCACCGUUCACUACUCAUUUCCCGAUGGAAAUCUAAAAUGGCCUUCUUCAAAAUACCAUCUGACUUACAGUUUUCUCGCUGGCACCCCAUCCGAAGCCCCAGGUGCUGUCGCACAGGCUUUCUCAUCAUGGGCUAAGAACACUCACUUCAAAUUCAGCAAGGCUCAAAAUUACCAGAGUGCGGAUUUGAAGGUUAGCUUUCAUAAGGGUGAUCAUGGAGACGGGAAUGCAUUUGAUGGGCCUGGAGGACAGCUGGCCCAUGCUGCUUACCCUACGGAGGGAACAUUGCACUACGACGCAGAUGAGACUUGGUCUGUAGGUGCUAAACCAGGUGCCGUAGACAUUGAGAGUGUUGGUUUGCAUGAAAUAGGGCACCUUCUGGGACUUGGACACAGCUCAGUGGAGGAAGCUAUCAUGUAUCCAACCAUCCCCGAGGGAGUGGUUCAUAAAAGUUUGCAUGAGGACGAUAUUCAAGGAAUAAAAGCUUUAUACAACAUUUGAGUAGUAGUGCUCGAUCAAGUAAUUCAAAGCAUUGUUCAUUGUAUCACCUUGUACUGAUUAUAUAUGUUCCCCCAAAGUCAACUUCUAAUAUUUCUUUGUUAUUAAAUAAUGUACCUGCUCUUCAAACCAAUAAAAAAAUAAUGUACCUUUGUUAUUAAAA